GCUCGCAGGGACUGGAGGGACUCGUCGUGAGCGCGCAAGGGACGUGUCGGGCGGCGUCCAGCGCGGAGGAGGAGGCAGGGAGGGAAUAAAGGCUCAGAGAGCGCCCGCUCUGCCCUGGAGCCCACCUGCCUCUUGGAGCCCCUGCUGACCUCCGGGUGUCUCCUCCAGGAUGGACAGGUGGAUGGCGCUGCUUGUCCUGCAAGCCUUGCUGCUGCUACCCCUGGCUGAUGGGGCCGCCCCUGCCCUGCGCUUUGUGGCCGUGGGUGACUGGGGAGGAGUCCCCAAUGCCCCUUUCCACACGGCCCGGGAAAUGGCCAAUGCCAAGGAGAUCGCCAGAACCGUGCAGAUCCUGGGCGCAGACUUCAUCUUGUCCCUGGGGGACAACUUCUACUUCACUGGCGUGCAGGAUGCCAAUGACAAGAGAUUCCAGGAGACCUUUGAAGACGUGUUCUCUGACCGCUCUCUUCGCAAUGUACCCUGGUACGUGCUGGCUGGAAACCAUGAUCACCUCGGCAAUGUCUCAGCACAGAUCGCCUACUCCAAGAUCUCCAAGCGCUGGAACUUCCCCAGCCCUUUCUACCGUCUGCGCUUCAAGGUCCCACGGACCAAUGUGUCCGUGGCCAUCUUCAUGCUGGACACAGUGACACUGUGUGGCAAUUCAGACGACUUCCGUAACCAGCAGCCCGAGAGGCCCCGUGACCUGGAACUGGCCCGCACCCAGCUGUCCUGGCUCAAGAAGCAGCUGGCGGCAGCCAAGGAAGACUAUGUGCUGGUGGCCGGCCACUACCCCGUGUGGUCCAUAGCUGAGCACGGGCCCACCCGCUGCCUCGUCAAGCAUCUGCAGCCACUGCUGGCCACCUAUGGGGUCACUGCCUACCUGUGUGGCCAUGACCACAAUCUGCAGUAUCUUCAGGAUGAUCACGGUGUGGGCUACGUGCUGAGUGGGGCUGGAAACUUCAUGGACCCCUCCAAACGGCACCAGCGCAAGGUCCCCAAUGGCUACCUGCGCUUCCACUAUGGGGCUGAGGACUCACUGGGGGGCUUUGCUUACGUGGAGAUCAGCCCCAAAGAGAUGAGCAUCACUUACAUCGAGGCCUCGGGCAAGUCCCUUUUCAAGACCAGCCUGCCGAGGCGAGCCAGGCCCUGAAGCCCCCUGACAGCCUCCGCUGUAGUGCUGGGUGGGCCUGCAGGGACCCCACCCAUGGCAUGAUUUCUCUCUGACCUGUGGUGCUGCGGCAGAGCAGGAAGGAGACCCACAGCUGAGGAACUGUGGUGCCACGUGGCCCUUGGUGUGCCAAAGCCACUGUGAAAGAACCAUGGACAAGUGUACCAGCCAGCACAUCACGCCCCUGUGGCUGUGCUCGCUCAGACUGAGUUUCAGGGAGCGGAGCCUUCUCCUGAAUCGAGCAUCUUUCUGUCACUACCUUUCAAUAAAAGAAUAGUUGCCAAGGCUGAA